CUUCUGUACAGCGGUGCACAUCGAUCACGACCUACACUGAAUGCGUCAACAAUGUCGUCCGCGACGGGAACAGUCGCCACCGCGCACAAUGGUCGUGUCAGCAAGCGCCAAAGGCUUGAUGGCGACCAGCAAGUCAAUGGCGCCGCAGCAAAAAGAUCCUCUCGUAUAUUUGCGCCGUUUCGAACCAUAGGCCUCAUUUCGCCAACAGACGUACCCUUUUCUAUCGACCCGCGAGGAAAGACGACCUUUAACAUCACCACAAGUGUGGGGAGGUCGCUGCAGACGUACGACCUGCGCCGGGGACUGCACCUAAUCUUCAUCACGCGACCGCAAACCCCCGAACGCAUCACCGCCAUCGCCAAUUACAAGGACCACACUUUGGCCGCAUGGGGUAGCAAGGAUGGGGAAAGCAAUGGCUUGUGGGUUUAUAAGCGCGGACAGAAAGUGGGAGAAUUCGAGAUGCCUGCGGGAGGCAAGCGCGAAACCAUCUCACAGAUCCUACCUCUGGGCGCCUGGAUAGUUGGAUGCGCUCAGACACGCAUCGAGGUGUGGAGUUCGGCGACGUUUGAGCACCACACCACGAUCCACGUUGCUCAGGGAAGAAUACGAGCCACGAUCAGUGGCGGUGUGUGCAACAUGCCUACGUACCUAAACAAGAUCUUGGUUGGCACGUCGGACGGCUGUGUGGAGGUGUGGAACGUGAGCACCGGCAAACUGAUAUACACCAUUUUCCCAAGCAGUUCCGACAUGGGUGCCGUGACAACCAUGGAGCCUGCGCCAGUCCUGUCCCUCUUCGCCAUUGCGUACGCAUCAGGAGACGUCGUCAUACACGAUGUUCGCAAGGACAAGCCGCUCAUCUCACUGAGUGCCGGCUCGAAGCAGGCGCCCGUCACUACAAUCUCGUUUCGCACGGAUGGCAUCGGCGCAGGGGAGGAUGGCCGAGAGGCUGGAGUGAUGGCAACAGCAACCAAAGCCCACGGCGACGUCACCUUCUGGGAUCUUAACAAGGGCGGCCGCAAGAUGAGCGUUCUUCGUGGCGCUCACUUCCCCCCGUCCACGAAACAAGGCGAACUUGUUGCUGGAGGAAUCAGCAAGAUCGAGUUUCUCCCUGGCCAAGCCGUUAUCGUUACAAGCGGCAUGGACAACGCCUUGAAGACUUGGAUCUUCGAUGAACAGCCUUUUUCGGCUACUCCACGCCCGCUGCACGCACGAAGCGGACACGCUGCCCCUGUUCUGAGGCUCGAGUUCCUGCCGCCAAGCUCGGAUGGAUCGGAGGCAGACGGUAAGUGGCUUAUGAGCGCCAGCCGUGACCGCAGUUUAUGGGCCUGGAGCUUGCGACGCGAUGCCCAAUCCUCCGAACUGAGUCAGGGCAGCGUGCGCAAGAAGGCAAAGAAAAUGGGCAUGCUGAACAACGCCAUCGCUGGGCCGGAUGGUACGCCUUCGUUAGAGGAGCUCAAGGCACCGCAGAUUACGUGCAUGGCAUGCUCACUCAAUCGAGAUGGAGGCAUGGGAGCGAUGCCCGGCACCAAAGAAAUCUGGGCCGUUCCGGGGAACCACAAAUCCGCAAGCACUGCUGAAAGUAGCUUGACGGGCUGGGAAAGCGUCGUGACGGGUCAUCAAGGCGACAGGUUCGCGAGAACGUGGUUUUGGGGCCGCAAGCGCGCCGGGCGCUGGAAGUUCGAGACUAGCGACGGGGGGAACGUCACCAGCGUAGCGAUUUCCCCGUGCGGCACAUUUGCGCUUCUAGGGUCUAGCAAUGGAUGUAUCGACGUGUACAAUCUGCAGUCCGGGAUGAAGAGGCAGAGGUUUCCUGCCACGUUGACCAAGAAGCAAGCAGAGGCAUUGCAGGCCCAGCUCGCGGAGAACCCGGCAGCGCGUCACGACAAUAAGUACGCGCGUGGGCAAGGCAAGCACUCGGGUGCUGUGACGGGAAUUCAAGUCGACAGUCUGAAUCAAACGGUCAUGUCGUGCGGAGCAGAUGGAAAAGUCAAAUUCUGGGACUUUCACAAGGCUGUCCUUCUUCACGAGCUAGACUGGUCUCUCACGUCGAUACGCGGGAUGCGCUAUCAUCGCUCUACAGACCUGAUUGCGCUUUCUUGCGAUGACUCCUCCUUACGCGUGGUCGACAUCGUCACGAAGAAACUCGUCAGAGAGCUCUGGGGCGCCAGCGGCAAAAUCUUGGACUUUACGUUUUCGAACGACGGCCGCUGGUUGACCGCCAUAUCCGAGGAUUCUGUACUGCGCACGUGGGACCUGCCGACUGGUCAUCUCAUUGAGGCAAUUCGCUUCAGGAGCAAGCCUUCUGCCAUAGCCUUCUCUCCAACAGGCGAGUACUUGGCUACAGCCCAUGAAGACAGUGUAGGGGUGCAUAUCUGGAAUAAUCGGACCUUGUUCACGACGGUGUCUACGAAAAGAAUAGCGCCGGAUGACAUCGUCGACAUUGACAUGCCGGUUGCAUCGGGCGAAAAUACCGAGACCAGCCUGGAGGCCACUUUUGAAGCAGAAGACCUUGCCGUGGAAGAAGAGGGAGCAGUGGUCGUAGCACCAGAUCUUGACCAGCUGAGCUCAGAUCUUCUUACGCUGUCUCUAGUUCCAAAGGCAAAAUGGCAGACCUUGCUUCACCUCGACACGAUCCGCUCACGCAACAAACCCAAGGAGGCUCCCAAACCUCCUGAGAAAGCACCCUUCUUUUUGCCGUCUCUGGACAAGUCCAAGCCUGAGGAUCUCAGUUCCGCACCUUCAGCUCCAGCCGAAGCAGAGGUCGCACAGAAAGCGGCGUCGCGUAUUUCAACACUUGCUUCCGCUCAACAGACGUCCACUUUCACAUCCCUUCUUCGAAACUCUCCGUCCCAAGUCAUUACGCAUCUGUCUACCUUGUCUCCCUCAGCGGCCGAUCUCGCGAUCCGCACGUUGGAUCCAUCCCCACCGUAUACAGAGCUCACGACCUUUGUUGAAGUUAUUACCCAAAGAUUGCGUGAGAAGAGAGAUUACGAGCUCAUGCAGACGUACAUGUCGGUGUUCCUGCAGUGCCACGGAAAUGUAGUGCUGGAGAGCGAAGAGCUGAGGGUAGCGCUUAGAGAGUGGGAUCAGGUAUGCAAGGGAGAGGUAAGAAGACUAGGAGAUCUGGUGGGCUUUUGCAGGGGAGUCGGGGGUUGGAUUGGUGGGAUUGUGUAGGAGUAGCUGCUUGAUGAUCCGGCUGGGCCAUGUCAUGUAUCUGUACGAAAUGAGCAGCUUGAAAUCAUAAUCAUUGAUGCUUCUGCAGAACACUUAUGGUCCCGUCCUGGCCAUCCGUUUGCAUAUUG